AAAACAAGAAAGAGGCGCAACCCAGAAUUGCAGGACCAUCCAACCGGCAGUUACAGUUGUUGCUAGCAUAACUUUUUUAAAGCCAUUAAAUUUUUACUUGUGAUCGAUUUAAUUCGAUAUUAUCUUCUACGUAUACACCCAUUUUCUACAAUCACUCAAAAAUCCUUUCUUUUUCCAAAGUUUUAUAGACUUCCCAUUUUUAGAAACCCCAAAAGAUUCAUGGGUUUUUCCUGUUUCAUUUCUUUUGGCUGAUAUACAACCUUAAAAGGGAUUCGUAGGUUUAUGCUUCUGUGGAGAGAAUCCCUAAUAAAAAAAAAGAAGCUCAAAACUAUGAAAACAGUAAACAGUGAGUGAAAUUCAGUUAAAAAUCAGAAGGUGAACAUAAGAGCAAGAAAAAAAAAAAAGAGUCAGUGAUGAAGUUUAUGAAACUUGGUUCUAAGCCUGAUACUUUCUACAGUUCAAAUGGUGUAAGGUCAGUUACCUCAGAGGUUAGAAGUGAUAUUAUAAUUCAAAUGAAUGAAACAAGAUAUUUGCUUCACAAGUUUCCGCUUCUGUCAAAGUGUUUGAAGCUGCAGAAACUUUGUUCAGAGAACCCUGAAUCCUCCGAGCUUCAAGUAAUUGGGCUUCUGGAUUUUCCGGGAGGCACUGAUGCUUUUGAGUUAUGUGCAAAGUUCUGCUAUGGAAUUACAAUCACUAUAAGUGCCUACAAUAUUGUAGUGGCUAGAUGUGCAGCCAAGUAUCUUCAAAUGACAGAAGAUGUUGAAAAGGGGAAUUUAGUCCACAAGCUUGAGGUAUUUUUCAACUCUUGCAUUCUGAAUGGCUGGAAAGAUUGCAUUGUCACUCUUCAAACCACAAAGCCUUUCAAAUCAUGGUCAGAGGAGUUGGGGAUCACAAGCCGGUGUAUUGAAGCGGUUGUGUCAAAAGUCGUUUCUAACCCUUCAAAAGUGAGCUUAUCGCAUAGCCAUGCGGGUCAAAAUGGGGAUAAAGAGGAUGCUCCUACAAACAAAGGGUGGUGGGGUGAUGAUCUUUCUGAGUUAAGGAUUGAUCUUUAUUGGAGAACAAUGGCAGCUCUUAAAUCAGGAGGUAAAGUGCCUGCGAAUCUUAUUGGUGAUUCUUUAAAAAUCUAUACUUCAAAAUGGCUGCCCAAAAUUUCAAGAGAUCUUGAAAACGGUUCAGUUUUGAGCGGUGAUAUGGUAGCUUCAAGUUCAAAUAGUAGAUUACUCUUGGAAUCGAUAAUCACCCUUCUCCCAAUUGAAAGAAAUGCGGUUUCAUGUAGUUUUUUGCUUAAACUAUUAAAGGCCGCCAAUAUACUUCAAGCUUCGGUUUCCACAAGAAUGGAACUAGCAAGAAGGAUUGCAAUUCAGUUGGACAAAGCUAAAGUUUGUGAUUUGAUGAUUCCGUCUGUAUCCACUGAUAGUGAGACAAUAUAUGAUAUUGACAUAUUUCAGAACAUUCUAGAGCAGUUCUUGUUACAAAGUCAUACUCAACGGACAAGUCCUCCAAGAACAUUGCAAUUGGCUGAAAAUUGCGAUAAUAAGCUCCAGGAGAACUGCAUAUCUUCUUUAGAUCCAAAUGGUUCCAUGAUCAAAGUGGCACAGCUUGUAGAUGGAUACCUAAAAGAGAUUGCUAGAGAUGUGAAUGUGCCAUUGUCGAAGUUCAUUGCAUUGACUGUAGCUGUUCCUGAACUUGCACGGCCAAAUCAUGAUGAUCUUUACAAAGCCAUCAAUAUUUAUCUCAAGUCGCAUCCAAACCUAAGCAAGAGUGAAAGGAAAGACCUUUGUCGAACACUCGACUGCAAAAAGCUAUCCAUGGAAGCAUGCAUGCACGCAGCACAAAAUGAGUUGUUGCCAUUACGCGUGGUAGUACAAGUACUCUUCUUUGAACAAGCUCGAGUUGCAAUGGCUGGUGGUCAACUGACUGAGAUGCCCAGCCACAUUAAAGCGUUAUUAGCCUCCAAAGAUACCACAACCAACCCACAUGGUUUACUGAUCUCCCACACAAGUCCACGACAUGCAGAGGAACAAUGGUCCAAGUCAAGAAACCCGAGUGUUUCUAGUUCAAAGAUGAAACUAGAAGCAGAUGAUUAUUCUGAAGAUGAUUCUUUGAAGGUCAAGCAACGGUGUUUGCUUCCUACUCGGCCUAAAAAGUCGAUUUUACAUAAGCUGGGGUUGAUGAACCGUAACGAAAAUGAAAGUUUGAUGGUGUGCAAAGUAAAAAUGGUGGUUUCUGAUGGACAAAGUAACCUGUUUCUGGUAUUGCAUCAAUCUUGGGUGAUGUUCCCAUAUAUGGUAGAUGUUUUUUGUUAUAUGAAAGUCAUAUUGAACAAUAAUGACCAGAGAGUAUAAUUUUGCUCCAUAUAUGUGAAAGAUGUUCCUCGACCCAAACCAUCUUAAGGUUUCAUGAUGCGAAGUGAUGUAUAGCAGGGUCUAUUUGUUUUUCCAA